CUCCCCGGGGCUGGCCGGACUCGUGCGUGCGCACGCGCGCCGUCCCCCCGGAGGCGUCUGGGUGUGCGGAGCGCGCGCGCGCGGCUCGGAGGCGCACCUGUGAGGUGUCCCCGGAGGAGAGGGCCGGUGGGCGCGCCGAGCCCGAGGCCUAGGGACGCUACUCAGCCUCAGUUGGGACACUUCCCUCCGUCCCGGCGGAGGCCGCCCGGCAUCCCGUUCAGGUGAUGAGGACCGCCCCGCGCCCCCAGCACGCAAGCCUGCCGCCGCCGGACGCCUCCAUUGUCUGACCGCAGCCGGGGCCGGGCUCUCUCCAGGAAGACACAGCAGACCUUAGUGAAGCUGUGGCAGCAUCCGGAAUGAGAAGUUGCAGGUGCCAGGACAGCGAAGCAUGGUACAGAGGAGCUUCAGGAGCCACAGGAAAGUUGUGACUGUAUCAUCCAGCAGCGUGUCAUCUAUGAAAGAGGACCAGUCCCUGACUUUACCUCAGUGGUGUGCAAGUGAGCGCACACUCCAUUGGCCAGCUCUGGCAGGAAGGAGGGCCCUUUGUAAGACCUGCAAAUCCAAGAGACAACAUCCCUCUGGAAGAUAAGAGAGGUGCCUCCUCAGGAUCAAAAAAGAAGGCCGCUGUGCUACUGUGUAGGGAGUCCCCAGGAGCAAGACUGGCUGUCCCUGGAGCUAAGAAGCCUGGGCACUAGCGAGUCCUCUCGUCUGAUGGGCAGGAGGCAGAGUGAUGCACUGACUCUCCUGGGGGUGCUGUGGGGGCUCACCACCAGCUGGCGCCUUCCCCCCACGUAGACACAGAACACUGCUCAGACCUUGUUCUAUAAGUGAGAAGUAGAAGACUGCUAUUAUAUAGCAGAAAGAUUCCAGGGGCUUACCUUGCUGCCAUUUGGCAUGUUGACCACUCAGGAUCUUAAGGAAAGCUCUGUGCUAAUGAGUUAUGGAAUUUGUAUCUAAUCAGUAAGAAUACUGGGUGAGGAACACUAUGCAGGAAGAAACCUUCCACAGAAAGACAGGCAGGGAGAAGCUGAGGCUGACGGUAAGCUUGCCCAAUAGAGUAAGCCUGAGAUAGGCUGCCAAGAUGGCCAAAUAGGAGGCUUUAUGAAGUAACAGUCCUGGAACUAGUGGUUGUAAAGACACUUUCUCCUCUGAGUCACAAUACCAAAUAGGAAAAAUGAUCUACAAGUGCCCCAUGUGCAGGGAAUUUUUCUCUGAGAGAGCAGAUCUUUUUAUGCAUCAGAAAAUCCACACAGCUGAGAAACCCCAUAAAUGUGACAAGUGUGAUAAGGGUUUUUUUCACAUAUCAGAACUUCAUAUUCAUUGGCGAGACCACACAGGAGAGAAGGUCUAUAAAUGUGAUGAUUGUGGUAAAGAUUUUAGCACAACAACAAAACUUAACAGACAUAAGAAAAUCCACACUGUGGAGAAGCCCUACAAAUGCUAUGAGUGUGGCAAAGCCUUCAACUGGAGCUCCCAUCUUCAAAUUCAUAUGAGAGUCCACACUGGUGAGAAGCCCUAUGUCUGCAGUGAGUGUGGAAGGGGAUUCAGUAAUAGUUCCAACCUUUGCAUGCACCAGAGAGUCCACACAGGGGAGAAGCCCUUCAAAUGUGAAGAGUGUGGGAAAGCCUUCAGGCACACCUCCAGCCUCUGCAUGCAUCAAAGAGUCCACACUGGAGAGAAGCCCUAUAAAUGUUAUGAGUGUGGGAAGGCCUUCAGUCAGAGCUCCAGCCUCUGUAUCCAUCAGAGAGUGCACACAGGGGAGAAACCUUAUAGGUGUUGUGGGUGUGGGAAGGCCUUCAGUCAGAGCUCUAGCCUCUGCAUCCACCAGAGAGUUCACACGGGGGAGAAACCUUUUAAGUGUGAUGAGUGUGGCAAAGCCUUCAGCCAGAGUACAAGCCUCUGCAUCCACCAGAGAGUGCACACCAAGGAGAGAAACCAUCUCAAAAUAUCAGUUAUAUAAGAUGUCCUGCUAAGAGCUAAAAAUCUUUAAAAAUCCAUAAGUGCCACUAGGAAGGAAACCCUGUAUCCACCUAUGUUCACCCCAGGAGCAUCUACAGCAGUCCCCAGCAAAACAUUAAUUCUGAGGAGGUCUAGGUGAGGUGGUUUCAUUCUUCAGGUUACAUCAAGUACGUCCAACAACUUUGACUCUGAACUUGGAAUCCCUCUGUGUGUGUACCCAAGGUGAGGCAUUGUGUCUCUGUCAUGGGUAUGGUGUUUCCUGGGAUUCUGGCUUCAUGCCUCAGUAGAUGAAACUUUGCUUAGCCCGAGUCACCUGUCUGUGCUGUGCUUACAGGCAAUGCCAGACGCUCUGUUUUGGAGCUCAUGCUCCUUCCUCAAUUCAAGCAUACCGGUCAGUGCUUUUGAAGAUGGGCAGCUCCCGCGAAAGUAGUUGUGGUAUUUCUGCAGUUGCCACUUGACUCAACCCAACAUAGCUUUCCUUAUAUUCUGUUAUUUCUGAAUCUGCUUUGCCUCAUGUCCUCAGAGUACCUAUAAACACCUACCCCUUCCUAGAUGGCAUUAAAUUUCAUUUUAAAUUUUAGGAGAAUCAUAACAUCCACUCAGCCUAUCAGGAAGUUGUUGGCAGACGUACAAUACCUUGGAAAUUUUCUUUAGUUUGUGGACUCUGCUAAUCACUGUGUCUCGAACUUAGACUUAUUUUCUAGUGACUGUAUCACAUGCUUUUAAAUUGAAAAAAAAAUUUUUUAAGUAGCUAAAUGUAAAUAUUGGGGAAGAAGAAGCAAGCAAAGCGUGCAUUUUCCUGCCUUGCAAGUGGCCCUUGGGCUCCUUUUGUAAUGCAGGGGUGUUCCUCACGAGCUGGGGAGGCUUUAGGAGGACUGACUGGGGAUGAAUCUGUCAUCUCAGGCAUUAAUGUGCAGGUGUCAUCACAGAUCACAGACUGUUCUUUUAGGGGUGAGUGUGCAUUGCUAAUCCAUUGCCCUUUUUAUUUGUCCUUUCCAUGAGUAUCAAUGCCUCCUGGGUGCUGAGUGGGUGCUAGGUGCUAUAAGAAUGCCACUGGAUCAUGAGUUCACCUCUGGUGGAAGAAACGGGAUAAGCAAGUUAACAAAUAAUGUAGUUUGCAGUAGUGAUUAAGUGCUAUGAGAAAUAAACUAGGGUGGUAUAUAGAGGGGGGUGGGGGGCUGUUAACUAGGGUCAGGGAUGCCACACUGAGGGUGCUGAGGCUAGGUGGAGGGAUUGAUACCUGCUACACAGCACAGGUGCUGCUGGCUCUGGGGACAAGAGGCAGAUGCUGGAGGUAGUGCUCGGGGAGGGGAGGCGCUGAGGCAUGAGCUCAGCGUUUGACUUUUGUGGGCCUGUUCUGUUUUUCAUUUCUACUGACUGAUGAUAAAACUUGUAGAGGAACUCGAGGGAUGUUGAGAAGACCAAAAGUCCCCAGUGACAUGAACACAAAGCAACCAUUUCUGUUCCUUUCUCAUUCCCAUUCUUGUGGGUCUCCCACAUGCAGAUCUUUGCUCAGGAAGUCUUUGGGGAAAACUGAGGACCUGUGAGUCUGAAGUGGGUGACCGGCCUGGUGGCUUCUGCCAGCCAUCAAAGGCUGGAAAAGGGACUUGCCAGAGCAGUUAUGGGAAUAUGAGACUGUUUGAUUUUUCUCUGCAGGUUUGAAUUCAUUUGUUUGGCUGGAAGGUGUUUUUGUAAAACUAAAGCCUUGGUACAUACAGGAGGUUUUGAAGGAGCACAUGAUAUGGGGAAUGUGGUUUGGAAGUGAAUCUGUCACCAUUGGUUUUAAUGCAGAUACCUGCUGGCAAACCUCUAGGCUACCCAUCACUGCCUUCCCUCUCUCCACAGAGGGCUGUUGGCUUAAUGAAACCCCUUCCAGGCCACGUGGCCACCACAGCAAUUUACUGUAGUGUCUGACACUUCCAUGUCGCCAUAGAGUGGAGCGUUAGAGAAAAGCCUAGAUUUUUAGUUGAUAGCGAGCCAGUUGAAAUAUCAUCGAUAGAAUUUUAGUUUUAGGAAAAAUUGGUUUGAUUUCUAGCUUUAUUACUAUUAGGUAUGUAAGCUUGGGCAAAUCACUUAAUCUUUGAGUCUAGUUUUCUCACAAAAUGAGGACAUUAGGCUAAAUGAUUUUUGAAUUUCCAGGUAGUCCUAGAGUUCUAUAUUUCUACAUAGUUGAAUUAUUUUAUCAUGCUGUUGCUGGGGAAUACAACUAACACUUUGGAAGCUACUAAUUUUAUGUCAAGCUUUAAAGUCCAUAAUUGUUAUCUUCAGAAAAUAUUGUUUGACCUACAGUCUGUCCAAAUCAAUUUAAUAAAAUCACUUUAUAACAGG